UGUGUCUCUCGUACUGGCAUUUCGUGUCUGCACUGAUGUAGUGAAUCAUAGGUCGACUGUUGUUGUGAUUCAACUUAGUUUGCAUUCAUUCACACAAUCAGACAAUCGAUUGAGUCGUUUGUCAAGUCUGCGAUUAGUCUGUCAUUUGAUCCCAAGAAUGGCGUCUUUAAUAGCGAUUCCUCUGAAGCGUUCAUAUGAUGUGGAUUUGGUUAAGCCGUUCAAAGAGGUGAUGGCGAGUCACUCGUCAAACGCCGAUGAGUUGAACCAAUUGAAGGAUAAUAUGGUUUCUCUGAACAAAAUGAGAGCCAAUUGUAUCUCGAAGUCACUGGACGUGAGGAGCGAGGCAUCCCUGGAACUGCUCCAGAAAUAUUACGACCAAUUGGUGGCAUUGGAGUCGAAGUGUCCGCACAUAGAGGUGUCGUUCCGAUGGAAUGAUGCCUUCGGGAAGAGCGGCUCCUUCUUCUACACCUCCAACACUAUCACCAUUUCGAGCAUCGCUUACGAGAAGGUCUGCAUUCUCUUCAAUAUCGCCGCUCUUCAGAGCCAUUUGGGAACAACUCAUGUGAGCGAAGGUCUCAAUAAUGACAGCGCUUUGAAGCUGUCGGCGAAGUACUUCUCGUCGGCCGCCGGA